AGUGCUGCUCCGUUGAACACCGGCGUGACAUCUCACAGCAGUAACCGUACGGGUGGAAAGGUGCACACGUUUUUAUUUACGUGUGUUGAAAGGAGAGACACAGUAAACACAGUGAGCAGAAAGUGAAAUUAUUUGAUAGAGAAAAGAAAGAGCGAAGCUAGUCGGCUAGCAUGUACUGCUAGGAAGCUAAAGCUAUAACGUUACAGUCGAUGAUCUAACGUUAGACAGGAAAGAACAUGGACAAACAUCUCACGCGAUAUGUAACCAAGACGACGACCCUUCCCUAACUUUAACCGCCAUCAAUGAUGACAGACUCCUCACUCCUCAACUCUGAGCUGGAGUUACAACAGCAAGAGGAACUGUAUCAGCAGCUGCUGUUACAGACAAUGGAGAAGAUGCAGACUGAAAAUCCAGACUCCAAAAUAAUCCGACCACAACCUGGCAUGUGUGUGAAGACUCUCUCAGAGCCAGGCAAGCAGAAGGUCUUUGUCAACAUCUGUCAGUCAAACUCAGUCCCACCACCGCCUGAACUCUCCAGAGAGGAGCUUGAGGAACUGCUCCAAUCAGACGAUCCCAGCGGCUACAGAGUUCCCAUGAGCCUCGGCGAGCCACACAUAGAAAUAGACAACAGCUCUCAGGGUUGCACAGCGUAUGAUGUGGUCAUCAACCAGGAGUUCUUCCAAAAGUGCCAGGAGGAUCCCUUGUUCAAGCAGUUUGUUAUUCUGGUGUCUUUGGAGGGUUUGGAGAACAAAUACAAUCUGGAGCUAAGUAGAGACUGGAAGGUGCUGAAGAACAGAAAGUUCUUGGGUUCUGUUAGUGAGCAGAACAUCCGGACGAAGAGCAGGCCAGUGAUUCAAGAGGUCCAGCCUCAGGAGAGCUCCACUGCUACGGCCAAAAGACCAGAGUUCACUUUGCUUGUGGAGCCUGCUGCUGGUGACCCUGAGUACCUCAUUGCAGAAAUAAAGCUACCCGGGGUGCCGUCAUCUCGCUCUCUGGUUCUGGACGUUGGAGAGGACCGACUGGUGUUGACGGCUCGCCCCUCGCUCUUCCAUCUCGACAUCUUCCAUCCCUUCCUCGUCGACCAGGAGAACAGUGUGGCACAAUACAACAACAGCACUCAGAUCCUUACUGUCACUAUGCCUGUGGUGUCUUCAUGAAACUACAGAAGUAAUGUCAAGUUAUUUCUUUUUUGUUCAAAAAUGAUGCUGUGAGAAAUAAUAAUAAUGAUAAUGAUAAUAAUAAAAGUGUUUUGUAUAAAGUCACA